CUGUUGAAUUCCAUCCUACUGCCCCACUCAAUUCAAAUGGAUAUCGAUAAAGCUCGUGCCUUGGAGUUGGCAGUUUCAUUUGUUUCCGAUCAGUGGAAUUCAUUGAGUGAAGACGACAUUUCAGUCAACAUAUUUAGUGGUGGUUACAGUGCUCGAUUGUACUCUGUUGAAGAUAUUUCGGAAACAUCCAACACCAAUCCGAUCAAAAAAUUCCUAGUCAGACUAUACGGAGGCAAAUUAGUCGACAAGGAUGACAUUGCCAAAUCUGGCAAAUGCGAAGCAAGUGAAGGCAUUGUGUUCUACGCAAACGGUAUCCAAGGUCUCGGGCCAAAACUGUUCGGAGUUUUCGAUGGAGGACGAGUUGAAGAAUUUAUACCAUCACAUCGACUCACCGAAGCUGACCUAGUUGACGACAAUAUCUCAUUGGAAUUGGUGCGUAAGCUUGCCCGUUUCCAUGCUCUUCAAUUACCAUUGUCGAAGCAAAAUCGAGACCUACUCUCGAUGGCGGCAAGCUAUCAAGGCGAAUACAUCAAAGAGAAUAUAGUGAAAUUAGCGAAGCGCGUCGGCAUCGAUCCAGAUGAAUUAUUGUGUCUGGAUGAGGAUUGUGUGUCUGAGAACGAUUUUCUUCGUAGUUUUGAGUCAAAGGUCGGUGGUCGGCAGGUUCUUUGUCACGGAGAUCUCAACAAAAACAAUAUUUUAGUUCGAGACACACCCGAUCAAUUCGAUGAACGUGUUAUGUUGAUCGACUAUGAAGGUGCGGGUACAGAUUAUCGUGGCUGCGACUUGGGAGCACUCUUAGUAUGUAAAAUGCUUGAAAUGAAAGAAGACGGAGCCUUUCACAUAGUCUGCGAAUGGCCUGAUGAGAAGUAUCGUCGCAUGAUUUUGACGGAGUAUUUGAAUGAGACGAAAAAAUUGAAUUACUUUGAAUUCGACGCGAAUGGGCUGGAUUCUGUUGAUCAUUUGUUGAUGGAAGUGGACUUCUUUGUGAUGUAUACGCUACAAUUGUUCAAAGGGUUCUUCAAGAAGAUGCCAAACAAUGAAUUCUUCCACCAACAACCAGACGUGAUGAUUAAGAGCUGGCUUAAAUUUAUUUUGGUGAUUGCUAAAAUGUAUGGAACUCACAAAGCGAAUUUCAUAGAGAGGUACAGCAAAGUCAUUUAGGACGAGAUCGAAUUCACCAGCAAUAUAAAUUUAAUA